AUGGUCGACUCUCGUGACGGCCGUAGUGACCGGCAACGCUCACCCUCCAACCAUUCAGAUCGUCAUCGUGAUCGAUCACGGCGAGACCUUGAAGACGACCACCGAAGCUCUCGCAGGCGAGAUUACGACCGCGAAAGUUCUCGCCAAAAAAGUCCACGCCGCCACUCCCACAGCAGGACCAGAGCAGAAAAUGACCGUGGUGAUCGAAGGCGAGAUAGACGUGAAAUAAGACAGCGCAGAGACCGCUCUUCAGAUGACGAUCGUCGGAAGCGCACCCAUCGCAGUCGCCGUCACGAGGAUCAGGAUCGCGAUCGGGAUGAUAACAGGUCUUCAAGAAGACGGCGAAGCCCACAAUCCCGAUCGCGCUCCCCACGACGGCGCUCUCCGCGACGAUCACCAAGUCCUCCAAAGGCAUUGCAACGACGCGGCCCUCUGCCUUCACAGUCCGACGCAUUUACAGGGUCAGACAUGAUACCUUCUGAGGACGGACCUCCACCAGAAAAGCAGAAGCCCAACUUUAAUAACUCUGGUCGUCUUGCCGCUGAGAGUAACACGGUACAAGUUGCGGGGGGAGCAAAUGGACAGGGACAGGGAAUCGUUCUCAAAUAUCAUGAACCACCCGAGGCGCGAAAACCGCCGCCAAAGGAGCCAUGGCGAAUCUAUGUCUUCAAGGGUCCUGAUAUGCUGGAAAUGGUGGAGCUGGGUGGGCGGAGUUGCUGGCUGCUCGGGCGGGAGCAUGUCAUUGUGGACUUUCCGCUUGAACAUCCCAGCUGCUCGAAGCAACACGCUGCGCUUCAGUUCCGGUUCGUCGAAAAGAAGAAUGAAUACGGUGACAAGGUCGGCAAGGUUAAGCCCUAUCUCAUUGAUCUUGAGAGCGCAAACGGGUCUAGUCUCAACGGCGACCCUGUCCCAGCCGGCCGUUACGUAGAAGUGAGGGACAAAGAUGUGCUUCGUUUCGGAUUGAGCUCACGAGAAUAUGUCAUGAUGCUUCCGCCAAGUUGA